UACGAGCUGCGUAGCGCGCGCAUUUCGUUUGCACCUUCAUUUUCGCAAGAACAACCACCGAGAACAGAUCCUGCGGACGAUGCGCAGGCGGACAUUAAUGCUCAGCAUCAUCACCGCCUCCAUCGUCUGUUCCACAGGAUUCCUGGGGAGUGUCAUCAUCCGCAAGUUCAGUGAGAUGCGCCAAGAAGGCUUAGCCCUCAGACAAUCCACAGCUUGGGCCCAUGCGUCUUCUGAAAUGCCGAAGCCGUUGAACUUGUUCGACAAGGCAAGGCAGAAGAUUAAACAAGGAACCGCGAUGGCUGCCUCCACUUUCCAUCCCACUGCCAGCAUCCUGAAGAAGAAUGGUUCUGUCUGCAGCCAUCCCGUCUGCCGUAAACAGGCCACGUAUCUUCGCGGCAAAAUAGAUGAGACGCAAGAACCCUGCGAGGACUUCUACAGCUAUGUCUGCUCUGCUAAGUGGUCUGGGAAGGACCGAACUGCGGACACAGCCACGUAUCAAGAUCAAACAACGGGCAAACUGUUAUACGACCUGCAGAAAAUGUUCCACCGAUACUUCGAGCACCACAAUACGACAUAUUACAACUUCCCCAGUGCGUUCGUCAGUCAAGCCUUGUUCUUCGUUCCCAACUGCACUUCCAUCUACAGUCGCAACGGUGUCGGCUGGGACCCUUGGCAAGAACUACUUACGAGGCUCGGCUUAGAUGGCUGGCCAUUCUCCUUCAGCCUCGAAAAAAGGAAUGUCUCUCAGAUCGCUGGUCUCGUGGACGGAACGUUAGGUGUUUUCCCGUUUGUGGAACUCCUCUUAGCGAACGAGUACGACGGACACUAUGUCAUCCAGCUGGACACUCCUCAAACUGUGCUACGUCGCCAUCAGCUCUGGUACACCCACGAAAAUCUCUUCAACUACACGCAACUCGUAGCCCGCGCGUUCAGUACGCUCAGGGUCAUCAAGAACGUCGAGAUCCUCGCCGAAAACAUAGCCAUCCUUGAACUCCGACUCGAAGACGCGAUUAGUCUUAAGAAAUUUGUUCCUAUACAGAACAGGCCAAAAGUCAUCAGCCAGAUUCCGCACAGCGCAAAGUGGUCAUGGUCCCGCUACCUCAACGCCAUCUUUGGGUACUCUGUAAGCAUGGGUGUCCAUGCAGAAGUGCUGGCUCAAGAGUACUUCAGUGAUCUGGCGGUCAUCAUGGACAACACUUCUUAUACUACACUAGCUAACUACAUUGGUUUCCGCACCAUGGUUCACCUCUCAGCAGUUCUUCCUGAUGAGGUGGAGUUUCUUGUGCCAUUGAGCCACGAUCACCCAAUUGUCGGCGUCGGCGAAAGAUUUCAAGCGUGCACACGUCUCCUCGAGCGCAUGUACCCGUACGGCGUGAGAGUCUUCCUGCGCAUGACGCUUGGUGAUCCUGACCCUCUGCGAUACUCACCUAUCCUGGACACAGACAUGACCAGCAUGUUCAACAUCACUCAGCAGCUUGUUGCCAACUUGGUCAGCAACGCUUUCUGGUUUAACCCCGUGGAGCGCCUUAUCGCCAGACAGAAGAUUAUGAAUGUCGCCUUCGAUUUCAUGGGGACCGUCAAAGAUCUGAGUCUUCCCGCGCUCUACUACGGUACCAAAGUUCCACCGUUUAACGGCAAAAAAGUGCUACAAAGCUUCUUCGUUAUCCAGUCCAACACCAAGCGAAUCUACUACGACCCCUGGCACAGAACGAUGGACUUUGACAACCAGUACCACAUCAGCAGUCUCCGGCCAGACUUUGAGUACAUCUACGGCAAGAACGCCUUGUACAUUCCGUACGCGGUAGUCGCUUUCCUGCGGGAAGUCGCAGGCACGAUGGAGCCCAUCUUCGCGCCGAUUGUGGCUCAGUUUGUCUUAAGAGGGCUUUAUAAGGCAGUCGACGAAAGCGGAUCUUCCGUAGAUCAUCAUACCAGGACUAGGGAGUGGUGGAGCACAGAGACCACUAGGAAGUACAGUUACAUCAAAGACUGUUUCUUCAAACAGUACAAGUCUGAAAUGGCGGUUAAGUCGCCGGAUAUAGAUAUCAUAACAGAUAUGGACAGCAACAUCGUCGAUAAUGGCAUCAUGGUACCGCUUUACGACUACUACCUCACACUUCUAGGCAUGGACUCUGAAACAGCCAGGAGGACUCGCGCGCCGUUUGGAACGUUUACGGUUGAACAGUUGUUCUUCAUCUAUUUCGCUAUCAGUCGGUGUGACCAACGCGGUGCUGAGUUUGCAAAGCGACAGUUGGGGUUUGGAUUAACGCCGGCCAACAUCAAGGUUAAUUUGCCGCUGAAGAACUUUCCCAAGUUCGCCGAGGCCUUUGGGUGUCAGCGUGGAAACGAGAUGUGUCCUCAGGACAGGUGCUUGAUUUGGUAGAAAGCGGUGGAGAGGGGGAAUAAAGCUCGGUCAGAGAUA